GGAAACAAUCAACUCAUGAAGCUUUAGGUAUGACUCCAAUGGAAGAAGAGUAUUUUCGUGAUUCAAUCAAAUCCAAGUUAUCGACAUUCAAAGAUAAUAUAGCGAAGAUAAUUGCUAAUACAUACAGAAUGGAGCCACAUAUUAGAUUUCGGGAUUAUUUAGUAAGAAACAAAGCUCAAGCUGUAUUAAUGAAUAAACUUGAAAAAGCCAAAUAUGAUGAAGCUUCUAGUCCCUCCUUGUGUGCCUCAAUCUCAGAAGAAAUAUUAAAGGCUGUGAAGGACUUGGACUUUGACCGUUUUAAGUAUGUGGUAUCAGUGCUAAUUGUGGAGAAGGCAGGUCAGGCAAUGAAUGUUGCCAGCAGAUGGGUCUGGGAUACUCAGAGAGACGGUUGGGUUUCAGCUAAAUGUGAAACUGAAACAUUCAUUGCACUGGCUUUGGUAAUGGCUUGUUACUAUGAGUAA